AUGGAUUUUAAAAUUAAAAGAAAAUCUACCAAGACAAUUGUUACUGGUAGUCUUGUAGACACGUAUCCCAUUGACUUGCAAUUCUACAAGAUUCCACCAACUGAAAAUAUAUCGUUACAAGAAUUUGAAACAUUGGCAUUGGAAAGACUCACACUCUUAAGAUGUUUAGCUACAGCAACCACUUUAAAAGGUCUGAGAAUGUAUUCGGACGAGUGGACAGAAUACGUUUUAAGUGACUUGAGAAGUCAAGGCUUAAAAUAUUACUCUAAACUCUGUGAAAAAUCUGGUUGUGGAACACAAGAAGUUGAUUUACAGGCCAGAAGGAAAGAUCAUAUUGCUCAUUUUAUUCUGAGACUGGCUUACUGCAGAACAGAGGAUCUCCGUCGUUGGUUUAUAGCUAGAGAACUCGAGUUAUUCAAAAUGAGAUUCCUGACUAUGAAAAGUGAUGCCGUUGAUACUUUCUUCAAAUUAAAUAAUCUUAGCUAUACUAAUAUAUCAGAUGAUGAAAAAAAAGAAAUAAUGCCUUAUCUAAGAGAUUCAACAUUCUAUCAAAGCAACCAAAACAUUGAGUCUUUUAAAUUUUAUAAAGUAAGAUUCCAUGAAGUGUUAGACUUGGUCAAAGCUAGAAAAGUUUAUUUGCAUGCUGGGUAUGCUUAUAUACCACAUAAAGAUUUCAUAUCCGUACUUUCUGCUCAAUACAGGACGCAUUUGCGUCAAAGCCUCGCCAUUGCUUGCCGGCAUUUAGGAGAAAUUGAGCAAGAUGAAAGGCUAGUAGCUUUGUUGAAAGGCUUGCAUCAGUCAUAUUCAGGAAAUGAUUAUAUAAGUGAUGUUAAAGUUACUAUUCCUAUUGAAAGUAUUAACAGCCUAUCUGUUAAAUCAUUUCCCUUUUGUAUGCGUCAAUUACAUGAACAAUUGCGCUCCGUCCAUCACCUUAAGCAUGGUGGCAGGCUUCAGUAUGGAUUAUUCUUGAAGGGCAUAGGAGUUACCCUUGAAGAUUCAUUAAGAUUUUGGAGGGAAGAAUUUACCAAAAUUAUGGAGUCAGAUAAAUUUGAAAAACAAUAUGCAUAUAACAUAAGAUACAACUAUGGUAAAGAAGGCAGUAAGAAGAACUAUGCACCAUUUAAUUGUUUAAAAAUUAUCAACACAAAUGUCGGACCUGGUGAAUGCCAUGGCUGCCCAUUUAGACACAGCGACUUAAAUGUACUGAAGAAUAAGUUAAAAGGCUAUGGACUGGAAGGUCAAGCAGCCAAUGAUAUUGUAGAUAUGACUAAAAAGGGUCAUUACCAGAUCGCCUGCAGCAAAUAUUUUGAUGCGAUUCACAACACAGAUCUCGGUAUAGGAAUAAAUCAUCCAAACCAAUAUUUUGAAGAGAGCCAGAAACUAAUGAAAGGUGAUGUCAAGAUGGAACCCAAAAAAGAAACUAAAUCUAGUAAUAUUAACAUAAAAAAAGAAGAAUGUUUAGAAGAUAUGGACUUUGAAGAAAUAACUGAAUGA